AUGGCAUCCGACCACGAUGCCUUCGCAAAUUGGUUGAAGACCCUCGCCCCCGAGGAGUUAGCCAAGCUCAAAGCCUUUCAUUCUGCAUCUGCACAGACGGCAGCCGACACAGCCGUCCAGGAUGACGCUCGGCCUUGCGAUAGUUCUUCCAGCCUUUCCCCACGUAGCCUCCUUAUCUACCAGAACCAGGAAGCCUUCUAUCAUGCCCAAGACGGUUGCUAUACAGGCCCUAUUCCAGCCUGUUUUGACUACGUCCCGCCUCAGGACGUGGAAGACCUUGAUGGUGCCGACCCUGCCCAGCCUUCUGAUUCUGCCGACCCUGCCCAGCCUUCUCAGGAUGACGGGGCCCAGCCUUCUCAGCCUUCCAUGCCCCCAGCCGACGAAGCAGAGGCAGUCUCAGAACAGCCGAUUCCAGCCGGAGGGGAGUACCUCCCCAUGGAAGAGCCUUCGUCAUCCACAGCCUUUCACGCCACUCCACAGGCCGGCCUUUUCUCAAUGAUGGGCAACCUCAUCGAGAUGCCAGCCGUGAUCACAGCAGCUACACACCAGCAGCCUUUUCCCUUGCUUUUCUUCGAUCCGGAGGCCCAGUCCAAGCCGAUCAAUCGCCAUGAGCUCUGGCAGCUCAUCAAGCGCCCUGACCUUGGAGCCGUGCGCCGUACCGCCACCCACCAAGACCCCGCCGGCAUCGAAGCCUUCCCAGCCACAGCCCUCGGAGAAGCCGCCGCAGCAGAAGCGCCCCCCCGAAGUCCCACAGAACUGGAAGCCGCCAGCACAGCACUUUUUGCCAGACGCAGCCAAGGCCGAACCGCCGACCAAAGCCAUGCCACAGGUGCAGCUUGCAGCCAGGCACAGCCCACACCGAAGGCGACCGCGGCGGAGCCUGGGCCUUCCCCAGAGCCUGCUUCCAGCAGUACCGACUUGCAUAGCCAAACGCGGGAAGGGAUCUUUUUCGAACCCGAGUUCAUGGCCUCCGACCACAAGCCCUCCUACUCCGGAACGGAGCGGCCACCCCAGCCUUUUGGAUUAGCCUUGAUCUGGGACUCCCGUACAUGGAUCAACUUCUAUGGCGGGGAGCCCCCCAAGACAGCCGUGGAGAUCGACGUCGAGACCCAUUUUUACACGGUGGAGCCAGGACCUGCUGAGGAUCAGCCUUCACAGCCGGAGCCUGGCCAGGAGGAGGAGGACACCGAGUCCUCCGGGGCGCAAGAAGACCUUCCGCCUUGCCCACCGCUCCGGGAGUGGUUUUCAGCGGACACCGGGGUCCUUCGCUACUGGCACUUCGGUGCCGCGGGCCAAGCCAACCCCCGCCAAAUGGGGAAGCAGUCGGUCCCGGCCCUUUGCCUUCAGGACUUGAAAUCCCUCCCCGAGCCUUUGGUCGACAAGCGCAAGAACAUCAUCAUUGACCCGCCUUCCAAGCCUUACCUCUACAAGCCGCCCGCGAUGGCCCUACCGAGGCUGCCUUGCCCUAACAUGCGCAACUGCGUCAUCGUCCCCAGCCUUACCCUGCCGCACACCUUCGACCUGGACCCCGCCUUUGCCAGGAUGUAUUAUAUGGGCAGCCGUGGUGAGAUGCGUUGCGGCCUUCCCUGCUCGACCGUGCCUUUCUGUCCUUACCAUUCAGCCUGCGGUCUCCUCGGGGUAGCCGUUUGCCUUCGCAGCCUUCAUUUAGCCUUUUUCAGCCUUGUGAACAUGAGCCCCAGCCGGGAGAGCCAUGUCUCGCCAACACAAGAACGGGCCACAGUGGUACGUGCAGACAAGCACGUUCUCCUGCCACUGCAGUCGGUGCCCAAGACGCGGCGCCCGAGGUUCCCGCCUGCUCUCAGCAAAGGGGGGCCCCACCAACCGCCGGGACCUCAACCCAGCUGGAGGGCCAGCCUUCUGGGACUCAGCCACCCGGACGGGAACAGCCCCUCGGUCCUAGAUUCCAUGUUCAGGAGCUUCUGUGGCUCCUCGGGGACUCGGCACCGCAGCCUUCAGGAGGCCAAGUAUUCUCAGCAGCUUCUCGCCCAGAGCAUCAUGCCUUUUACUGCCGGCACGCUUGAAACCUACCUGUCAGCCUGCAGACAGUUCAUUGAAUACCUGAUCCUCAACAGCCUGGAAGUCAGCUCGGUCUCCGUAGCUAGCCUUGGCGACCUCUUAUGGGCAUGCAACUCCAGCCUCGAAGAAGAUAGAGAAGUAUGCCGCGCCGGACCUAAGCCGAUGAUCAAAGCCCUCUCAUGGCUAGCCAAAACCGCCGGCCUAGCCCAGCUUGCGGCUGUGCUGUCAGACCGCCUUAUCAGGACAUUUACGGCUCAGGCCGACAUGGACCGACGAGAAGCCUUACCACUGCCACUUGCCGUGGUCGUAGCCUGGGAACUCCGCAUAUGCCAGCCGGAGUGUCCCACAGAGCUUUGCCUUCUGCUAGGGGGAUUCCUGCUAGCCUUGCACGGAAAAAUGCCGGAUGCUGACUCAUUCCAGGUGCCUGGGCCGCCCCGUGACCCGGCCAACGGCCUUUGGGUGCUGCCCUUCCUCAGAGCCGUCCAGACAAUAUGGGAGCGUACUGAGGAGAUCUACGGUAAGCCAGCGGCAGCCUACCACCAGCCUAUGUCGUACAGCCAAGCGCUAGGGUGCCUGCGUUUCUUCAUGUGCCGCAAACAUCUGGAAGGCAACUCCCCGGAGCUGCUCACACCAGACGAAGCCUCCGCCUUCACCAUGCACAGCCUCAAGGUCUGCCUGCUCAGCGCCGGACAGCACCCGACAGUGGGGCCGCCUUUUUCAGUCAUCUCUUCAUCACGUGAAGCCGAGUUGGAGCAGGUUAGCUCCGAGACCCAACCAGCCACCGCGGACAGUGCCGAGACGCAGCCGGUACCGAGCACUAAGCCAUCGGAGCAGCGGUCACCAGCAGCCAGCAGCCUCCCUCCGACCAUACCCGCAGACGAUAUCGAGGCCUUGCUAGUGGAGAGUUUUGCGGUUUCGCAAGCCGAUUCAUCCGACUCGGAGGACCAUGCCACCCCGCCGACAGUGGAAGACAUAGCCAUCUUCCAAAACGGACCAUGGAAAUCCGUGCACGCACAGCCGCUGGGGGGCGACAAAGCGGCCUGCGGGACGCCCCGCUCCACGGCCGCCUUUUCCCCUACAUGUCCUAACACAGCCUUUUUCUGCCGCAGAGCGGCUUGCCGACGCCUGCUGGACGCACUGCCUUAG